UCAAUCGAGCCUCCAAAUAUUCCGGCGUCUCCAAGUCCGCGUGGCUCAUACAUAAAUAGAAAUUUGGGCGGCGCGAAAGUCGCCAGUCUCUCUUUGUCCAUUGGAGAGGGAAGAUUCGUAAGGUGAACGCAUGCUGUCGACGGCGAAAGCGGCGAGCGCGCUCCUAGUGCUGCUCUUGGACUUGGUCAGCGCGCACGAUGGCUCGAGCAGGUCGCGCCACUUUCCCGGCAAGCAGCUGGUCUUCGGACGGGACUCCUUCGAGAAUACAACGUUGUCGUACGCGACGUGCGACCUGGCCGAGGGUCAGUCGGAGAAGAGGUGCACGGUGGUGCGCGAGGACGACGCUUUGAACGGCACGUUGAGAGCCGUAUCCUGCGAGGUGACCCUCAAGGCUGAAAAAGCCGAGCGCCUGAUCGGCCCGAGGAUGAAGGUCGUGCCUUUGGGUCUGGAUCGCGCGAUUUUCAUUUGGACGGAGAGCGACAGGAAGGAGAGCCGGAGCAGAGAGACAACACUCGUGAGGUAUACCACCGUCAAAUAUCCGGAGUGCCGGAGCACCGAAGCCAAAUUGUCGUACGCGCGAAAGGAUGACGAGGUGAAUCCCGACUCGUACCUCGAACGCGUUCGGAUGGCAACGUACAGCGACAGCACCUACUGCUUGGUCUUCUCCAACGACUCGCUUUGCGGAGGGAAAAACGUCUGCAAGCUGCACGUCGAUCCCGAGGCUGGCGAGACCGAAGCCCCCGACAAGUGGUUCACACCCGAGUCGGGUCUCGUCGAGGUCGUGCCCCUAGCGCAGCAUUCGCAGGAGAAAGGUCAUCUGGUUGUCGAAGGCACGUUCGUCAACGUGCCGCAGGCCUACGUUGUCAAACGCGACGGUCAAAUAAUGAAAUUCCCGUCCGAGCUGGACGCCCAGCGCUCGUGGAAGCUCGUCCACUCGACGGCCCACUCGACCAUCGGCCUCUGCUACCACUCGAACUCGAGCUUCAGCUGCGCGCGAUACGACCACGAGGGCCAGCCAAAGCUACGAUCCAAUCCCGACUUUGGCUACGACGUCGAGCAAGCGGCUAUGCACAAUCUGCGCGACGGCGGAUUUCUCCUGCUGACGAGUCGCUGCGAAUCGAUCUGCGCGAUGAACGACGACCACUACUACGUAACCAAAUUCGACGCGCAAGGACGUAAAGCUGGAGAAGUGCAUCUUACGGGAUUCCAUCGCGAGCGCCUGUCGAACCUCGUCAAUGCUCAGCUCUUCGAGAAAGAUGACAAACUGUACUGCGUCUCCAUGGCGAGAUACAGCAUCUCGCCGACUGCCGAAUCGCCGGACCUGCUGACUUUUGCCAACUGCUUCGACGAUAAGAGCUUCAAAUAAGCUCGGAUAUCUACGACUUUUUUUUUUUUUUGAUCCUAUUGUACACGUUCUUUUAAUAAAAAGAAAAAUCUAAU